AUGAUCGGAGGAAGUGGAGGCGGUGGCAUCUCAUUCCCUUCGAAGGGGGCGGGCAAGACGUUCGAGGUCCUCUGGGCCUUUCAGCUGCCGCUCGAGGCCGUCAUCAUCGGCCUGGGGAGCGCCCUCGAUAAUCUCGGGUGGCGAGUGGUGGACAAGGAGAGGAAGUGGACCGAUGGACAGGAGGGCAAGGACCGCAUCCUCGCCCACGUCAUCUCCUACCUCGGGCUGCUGGAGUUUGUGUUCGACUUCAACGCCGUGACGAAGCCGCAGGGGGAGACCACCUACGUGCGCGCCAUCGGCCAGCCCAGCUUUCCCGACCCCUCGCAGGCCCGCCGCCUGCUCCACCACCUCUACCACGCAUUGCCGCUGACGUCGCGAUCAUCGAUUGGUCUGCGGAUGGUGGAGAUUCCCCCACAGUUUGUAGAAAUGCUGGUUCACGCAACGCGACCAACCAAGGACGGUGGCCUCGCGAUCAAAGAUCGACGGUGGCACCUCAAAACACAUCACUACUGUUUCGUGGGGAAGGAGUGCGUGGACUGGGUGAUGAACUACACGGGUUACUCGCGCGAGCGUAGCAUCGCCGCCUGCCGGGAGCUGGCCGAGCGGCGAGUGCUCAUGCACGUCGACCGCAAGAAGAAGUUCAAGGACGGCCGGUUCUUCUACCGCUUCCAGACCGUGUUCGCCGAGGACGAGGACGCGUUCGAGGAGGCCAUGAAGGAGGUGGAGGACCAGGGCCGCAAGAUCCGCGCGGAGCUGGCCUCCACCCGCAACAACGUCCGCAUCUCGAAGGACAUCUGGCCCCUGGUCUCCUUCUCCAUCUCUCGAUCCACCGAGGAGUCCAUCGAAGAUGAGGAGGAGGACGACAGAAAGCUGUCGAAGGCGCCACUCUCGCCCGGGUCCGCGCGACGAAAGGUGCAGCACCGAAGCCGCUCCAAGAGCUGCGCGUCGUCGUCGGCCUUCCCCUCGGAGGAGUCCAUCAGGUCGCACUCGGCCGAGACCAAGGCCGUCGCCACCGCCGCCACCGCCCCCACCUCUGCCAGCCCCUCGGCUGGCGGUGGCAGCCACUUCAUGUCGACAUCGUCGGGCAUGCACGCGCGCGGGUCGCACCUCCGGCGGCCCUCGGACGAGUCCGCGUUCCCGCUGCUCAUGCGGUCCACCUCCCAGCGCAACGCCAUCGACCUCUCGAUGAUGUCGGGCGGCUCGUCGAUCUCAUCGUCGUCGCCGUCGUCGCUGUCAGGCUCGCACUCGCCCGUGCUCCGCCGCACGAUCUCGCAGCGCCCCUCGUCGGACUACAACCCGCGCAGCCAGUCGGCGCUGUCGAUUGCCGCCGCCGCCGGUGGCAGCGACAUCCACUCGUCAUCGUCGUCGUCGGUGCCGUCACCCACGUCGUCGCCCGGCCCGCUCGCCCGCGGCACCGCAACCACGACGUCGUCGCCGCUCUCCUCGUCGUCGAGCGUGUCGUCGUCGGCCGCCACCCAGCGCGUGAAGAAGCUUAAGUUCGCCAAGACCACGCACGAGAUCAAGACCACCACCAACGGGUCGUCGCCGUCGCCGUCGUCGGCCGAGCACCUGGCGCUGCCGACGUCGACGUCGUCCAGCGCGCCGUCGUCGUUCCCGUCGCUGUCGUUGGUCAACGGCAGUGGCGGCUUCAGCACGUCGCCGGCGUCGCCCUCGCUUAUGUCGCCGCUCGGUCGCUCGGUCGACCACAUCGACUUCCUGCCCAUCUGCGACUCGGUCCUCCAGAGCAUCGCCGACGAGGAGUACGGCGGCGCAGCGUCAGCCGACCCCAGCGGCAGCGGCGCCUACGCGCUCGUCGACUCUGUCAAUACUGUAGACACCACGCACCACCACCACGUACAUGCGCAGACCAGCGUCGGCGGCGGCAGUGGCGUCGCCGGCAUGUCAGACUCGGGGCACGUCUACAAUGCGGGCCACCACCUGCUCGACCGGCUCGGCCACAGCAUCCCCGAGCGGUUCUCGUCGCCCGACCUGCCGGCCGUGCCAGGGCAACAGCCGCAGCCGCAGCCGCAGCACGGCGGCAAGAAGGCCAACAACAAGCGGCUCAACAAGACCACAUCGUCAUCGCACAUCGAGCGCGGCCUCACGAUCGGCGGCGCCGGCUCGCUGUCCGCGCCCCUGCUGGCCUCGCUCGACUCGGCCACCACCACCGCCACCGUCAUCUCGUCGUCGCACUCAUCUCCGUCACUGCCGGCCGUCUCCUCGUCGCCGCCCUCGUCGCCCUCGUCGUCGCUGUCGUUCAUCCCCUUCUCGCAGUCCCUCGCCAUCCCGCUGGGCAGCCUCCAGCGACGCAAGUCCAGCUCCACCCCGCCCAGCCCCCAACGCGGGAACUCGCCGGUGAUGUCGGCGCGUCUGCCCAUGCCCAAGAGCCACACAGCCGACUACCUCCCGGUGAUCGCAGAGAAGCGAAGCAUGGCGCUGUCGGCGCCCAACUCGCCGCCGUCAGUGCGAGGCGACGCAUCGGCCGGCGGCCUGUCCUCCUCCAAGGACAAGGAGAAGAAGUCCCUCCUGCGACUCACCGGUCGACGCAAGAAGGACAAGGAGCGAAGUGCUUCGGUUGACGGAAUGGAGGACACGUCGGACCGCGAGAGCAACGGGGACAAGUCGUCGCGGCGCAAGCGAUCGAAGAGCUUCAAGAAGGGCUUCCGCAGCAGCAACGACAGCGAUGUCGACACCGUUGACGACGAUCCGGCCGUUGCCGCCGUCGGACCCCGCGACGCCAUCAAGCGCAGCGACUCGAAGCGGGACGGCAACCGGCCGAUGCGCGGCAGCCGGGACGGCGGCGGCGGCGGGGUGGACGAGUCCACCACGACUACCACUACGACGACCACGACCAAGUCGCCCGAGAGCGGCGGCAAGCUCGCGUCGCUCCAGGCCUUCCUCCAGCGCGGCGCGGCCGCCAUCCACUACCCGGGUGAGUACCCGCGCACGUCGCCGCGCUUUCACAACAACCAGGCCACCCCACCAACGGCGGCCGACACCUCGACGCCGCCGCCGUCGCCGCGCGGACUGACCUCGCCGCGCGUGACCACCGCCGCCGCCGCAGCGCGGCCCAACGACACACACCCUCCGCACCAGCUGUCGACAGACGCUGUCGACACGGUGACGCUGAUGAUGCUGGCCGGCGGCAUGGCCGGCGGGGCCUCUGUGCCGCACCCGCACCAGCACCAGGGCCAGACCCAGCAGGAGGCGUCGGUCGACGAGGAGACCUACCGGCGGCUGUUCGAGCACGAGCUGAUGGAGGUGAACCGGGUGAAGAAGCGGGUGAGCAAGAUGCUGAAGAAGAAGGCCAAGGAGGACAAGCGCCGGCGCGAGGCCGAGCGGGUCUACUCGGACCUCAACAAGGACCAGUCGGUGCGCAAGCUGGCCAAGGUCUUUGGCGAGUCGUCCGAGCGGCUGCCGACCGGCUACGGCUGCUACGCCACGUCCUACUUCGAGGAGGAGCUGGCCUCGGCGUCGUCGUCGGGCCGCCACCUCACCACCGCCGGGGCCAAAAAGGGCGGCAAGGGCAACAAGGAGGAAAAGCGUGAGCGAGAAAAGGAAAAAGAUAAGGAAAAGGACAAGGAAAAGGCCAAGCGGAAGAAGCGACGCGGGGAGAAGAGCGAGGGCAAGCGGACCCCGCGCGGCGGCGGCGGGGCAUUGCCGACAGUAACGGCCGCAGCGAGUACCGCGACGGCGGCGGGCGGCGAAAAGGUGCCGACAUCGUCGUCGGGCGACGACGGCGCGGCGGGCGGGCGGCGGGCGUGGGACGUGCUGUCGGGGCGCGAGGAGCAGGACAAGUCGUGGCUGCGCGAGGUCAUGGACGAACGCAAGAAGCUCGCCGCCGACAAGCGCAAGAGCCAGGAGGCCACCCUCCCGCCCAAGUCGCCGCGACUCGUCAACCUCACCGUCUCUGAUGACAACCGAGGGGACGAGGAGUGGGAGUCGAUGCUGCAGGGCCUGGUCCAGCGCCAGGAGAAGGCCAAGCGGAUGCGCGAAGAGUCCGAGUCCCACAGGGCCGCCACCGCCACUUCCACCGCCACCACCUCCUCCCGCGCCUCCACCGACGCCACCGACACCUCCACCACCUCCGCGUCGGCCGACCCGGCCAAGCCCACUGCGGACGAGGGCGAAAUGGAAACGGAGACGGAGACAGAGACGGAGAAGGACGCGGCGGCGGUGAGCGGGGCGGCGGGGCUGGGAGGGGGCGGCGGCGGCGGCGGGGAGGAGACAGAGGACGAGGAGGACGUGCUGGCGCGGCGACGGCGGCAGGCCGCGGAGCAGGUGCGGCGCGAGGAGGAGGAGGAGCGGGCGGAGCUGGUGAAGCUGCAGGCGGACGAGGCGGCCCAGGUGGAGUACCUGAAGUCGCAGGUCAAGAUGCUCAUCUCGCGCAACUACGAGCUCAAGAUUAAGGUCCACGAGAACAAGCUCCAGACGCACAUCCUCAAGUCCUCGGUCCAGACCCAACUCGGUGAGUAUAUGGGCGGCGCGGUGGAGGCUGAUACGGAGGAGACGAAGAAUUCGUCGUCGGAUGAAGAGGAGGAGGACGAUGAUGAGGAGGACGAUGACGACGAUGAGGAUGACGACGAUGAUGACGAAGAUGACGACGAAGAGGACGAAGAUGAAGAAGACGAAGAGGAGGAGGACGAUGAGGAGGACGAGGGGGAGGAGCUUGCCACCGAGGACGAUGACGACGACCCGGACUCAGAGUGGCGAAGCAUACACUCCACCCGCACCAUUCCCUUCGAGGACAUCGAGUUUGCGGAGCCCAUCGGCUACGGCGCCUUUGGCGCGGUCAACCGAGCAAUCUGGCGCGGGGCCAACGUGGCAGUCAAAAAGUUGAUUCUGGAGCUGAACCCCAAGCAGGUGCAGGAGUUCAUUCAAGAGGCCAAGAUCAUGGAGCGAGUGUCGAACCAUCCCAACGUGGCCUAUUUCUGCGGCGUCACCCUCAAGCCGUACUUCUGCAUUGUGAGCGAGUACUACUGCAACGGCACCGUCAUCGACUACCUCAAAAAGCACCCGGACGCUCCGUGGGAUCUGAUAGUGUCGAUGGCCAUCGGAGCGGCCGCCGGCGUGCUCCACCUGCACAAGGAGAAGAUCAUUCACCGCGACCUGGCCGCGCGCAACCUCCUCCUGGACUCCAACUGCAACGUGCAUGUGACGGACUUUGGUCUGGCGCGGGCGGUCAAGGCCCAGAACUACGGCAAGACCACGGGAGGGCUGGGCGCCAUCAAGUGGCUCGCCCCCGAGGCCAUCACCACCAACCGAUACGACCAGCGCACCGAGGCCUACAGCUUCUCGAUAGUGAUGUGGGAGCUGGUGACGCGGGGCAAGGAGCCGUACGAGGGCGAGGACCCGAUCCCGAUCGCGCUCGGGGUGACGCAGGAGUACAAGCGGCCCCCGGUGCCGCCCGGAUGUCCGCCCAAGUGGCGGCAGCUCAUGGAGGACUGCUGGGAGCAGGACCCGCUCAAGCGGCCCACCUUCGAGGACAUCUGGCAUCGAUUGCACGAGUGCUACGAGGGCGGCGGCAAGCGGGACCCGCUCGCAUCAUCGCCGCCGCCAGCGAUCGCCGCCUCGGCUGUGGCACCGCCCAGGGCCUAG